AUGGGAGACGACGAGCAGAGCAAGCCUACGAAGAGAGAUGGAGGUUAUGGUGCCUCCAAGGACGGUGGUGCAAAUGAUGCCAACAAUCCUUUUUUUGUUCAUCACAGUGACCAUCCGGGCAUGGUACUUGUUCCCAAACUCCUUAACGGAGAUAAUUACACAACGUGGUGCCAGUCAAUUCGCUUAUCCCUUGGCGCAAAAAAUAAGCUAGGGUUCGUUGAAGAGACCGUGCAAAUACCGUCCGAGAAGAGCAAUCCAGAUCAUUAUUCUCGCUGGUUACAGUGUAACGAUAUGGUGCUCUCAUGGAUCCUUAAUUCUAUUGAACCUGAGAUCGCCGAUAGCGUCAUCUACUAG